GCGCUGGGUCUUGGAGCAAGACGGGUUUGCGUUUUCAGUGGCUGUUACAGCGAGUGUUGUAGAGAGGUGGCCAUAACAUCGUUCGUUUCUUUAUCAUUUGAAAUUGCCAAGAAGUUGACAGCCGCAAGUAUGCAAGCGGAAUCGGGUAUAGUUCCCGACUUCGAGGUUGGAGAAGAGUUUCAAGAGGAACCAAAAACGUAUUACGAAUUGAAGAGUCAGCCCUUGAAAAAAAACAGUAAUCCGUUAGACCAGCAAUGCUCGUCUUCCAAGCCCCCGUUGGGCUCUUCCGCCAUGACAUCACGAAUCCUGCUGCGGCAGCAGUUGAUGCGAGAGCAGCUCCAGGAGCAGGAGCGGCGGGAGCAGCAGAGACGUCAGGCCUCCUCCACCUCGCUGCACCACCAGACCACCGACGGCCACAUCCACACCCAGACCCCGGCCAUCAACGUCAGCGCGCCCCCCAGCCUCCCCCCCGCAUCCCAGCUGCCAAUGGAGGUGCUGAAGGUGCAGACUCACCUGGAGAACCCCACCAAGUACCACAUCCAGCAGGCCCAGCAGCAGCAGGUGAAGCGCUACCUGGGCAAGCUUGGCUCCCUGCCCUGCCCCAACCAGUCCUCUGACCACAAGGGCAUGGUUCUGGGGCCGGGAAACAGUGCCCCCAACAGCCCCAUGGCCUUACUCACCCUCAACAUCAACUGUGAGAAAGAGAUGGAUGAUGUCAUUGAUGACAUAAUUAGUCUGGAAUCGAGUUAUAACGACGAUAUCCUUGGAUUAAUGGACCCAGGGCUUCAGAUGGCCAAUACGAUCGCUGUCAACACUAACCUCUUGGACAUUUAUGGUAACCAGAGCAUGCCCCAUCCAGGCCUGGCCAUCAACUCCUGCCCUGCCAACCUGCCCAACAUCAAAAGGGAAUACUCAGUUUCCCAAUGUCCGGCCAUCAUGCACAUGCUGGACAAGUCUGGGUCGUGUAGCAAGUUUGAGAACUAUCACAGGCCUGAAGGGUUUCCUGUAGAAGCAGAGGUCAGGGCAAUGGCAAAGGAACGACAGAAGAAGGAUAACCAUAAUUUGAUUGAGAGAAGACGGAGGUUUAACAUCAACGACCGGAUCAAAGAAUUGGGGACCAUGAUUCCAAAAUCAAAUGAUCCGGAUAUGCGAUGGAACAAAGGCACCAUUCUCAAGGCGUCGGUGGAUUACAUCAGGAAGCUACAGAGGGAGCAGCAGAGGGCCAAAGAGCUGGAGAACAGACAGAAGAAGCUGGAGCAUGCCAAUAGACACCUGAUGCUGCGGAUACAGGAGUUGGAGAUGCAAGCUCGUGCCCAUGGUCUGACCACAGACACAUCUGCCCUCUGCUCAGCUGAGCUCUCAGCCCGAGGCAUCAAGCAGGAGCCAGCCCUGGGAGACUGCCACCAGGAUCUGUACCAUGUCCACCCCCGGCACCAACACCACCCAGCCUGCACUCCAGACCAGGUUCAGUACACCAUCUUGGAGCUCAACGAUGGAGCAGCUCCCUACACCAAGGGCCACAGGGGAGUCUCAGGUGACCAGGGGCCUUACGGCAGUCAUCCUAAGGGGGCCUUGAUGGACAUCCUGAUGGAUGACAACUUGUCCCCUGUGGGAGGGGGAGACCCCCUGCUUUCCUCUGUCUCACCCGGAGCUUCUAAGGACAGCAGCUGCUCAGGCAGCAAAAGCAUGGAAGAGAACGACCAGAGCUGUUAGCACUCACUGCUGCCCACUCCACUCACCUGCAUUUUUAUCUCCACCCCUUCAACCUGUUCUAUGUUGUGUUGUGUUGAGGCCUCCUCAGACGUCUCCCGUCAGUAGCUAACUUCAGCCAACUGCUGGUUAGUUAGUUAGUUUGUUUUCAGGUGUUUACACAUUUUACAUUUUUCAUUGUUUUUUGUUUGUUUUGUUUAUUAUAUGGUAUCAUUGGGUUCUGAAAGCCGUCAAACUGAAUUUAGUUCAGUUUCUCUUGUGUAUUGAUUAUAAAUUACUUUUUAAUAGUUCGUUUUAAUAGAUCAUGCUCUGAUUUUAUCAAUACUUUUAUGACAAUGAGUCAGGGAGCGACAUCUCACACAUACUGUACCUGUGUAAGGUCAUCAUGGUAUAGGGCAGGCUUAUAAAUAGUUAUAGAAUCCUGAUUGAUAAGGUGAUUGCUUUAAAUUUUAAAAAAUGCAAUUCCCUCGAAGUGAAAACUAAAAAUUGUGGUUUAAUAUAUUGUUGGUGUUACACAGUCACACUACUUCCUUUAUAGCAUGUCUAUUCAGCGCAAUAUGACAGAAGCGAUAAUAUAUUAUUUUGAUUACUUUUGUUUGUGCAUUACUUUUGUGCUUUUGAACUUGAAUGAGAUAACGUCUUAGUCAGGAGAUUUGUAAACAUUUCACAUAUAGCACAGAACAUAAUGUCAGUCUAUCAAUAUUGGUAGAAAUGCAACAUUGAUUUCCAUACAGGCACAUUUGGUUUAUGAAGAUAUUUAUGAUAAUAAGAUUGAAAUGUAUUGCAGCAAAUACUCACUAAGAAGUGGAUCUCUAAGGAAGAAAAAUACAUUCUGUUUUUAACGUGUCCAUUUUCUAUUUUUAUUUUAUUUUUUGUACACUUAUUAGGAUUUGCCUGUCCAUCCAUUUCGUGUUUAAGAGAUAUUCAGGAUAUUUUUUGUCAAUGAUGUGAAUGUUUAUAUUGCUAGGAAUAUAAGGAGAUGUACGUGUAGAAAAUUGUUUAAAUACUGGAAUGACGUCCAUAAAUUGAUUUAAAUAUAUAUUUACUAACGAUUAUAUUUAGGUUUUUCAAAUGAUUGAUUGUAGUUAAAACUAUAAGCUGUACUGUUAAUGUAUAUUUCUACUGUUUAACAACUGUAGGAAAGUACUCAAAUAUGCCUUUGAUAAUAACUAUCUACUGUACAUUACACCACUGUAUUGAGAACAUGGUUACAGUGCACCCUCAAGUCUGUGGAACUAUGCAAUGAUUACAGUUGUGCCUGUUUUACCCAGAAGACAUUAGACACAUUAGGCUGGUCAUAUAAUAUGUUGUAAUGAUUAGUAAGAAGCACCUAGCAGAAUGAUUUACAUUGAAGUGCCUUACUGUUAGUUUUUUGUUUUCCACAGAUCUCGGAGGACUACUAGACACUGGUUUGUUGUUGUUGUUUCUGGUGUUUGGUGCUUCAUGUAUGAAGUGUUGAGCUGCAAGGUCCCUACGGGAAGCAGUAGGGAAGGGCCUUUUGUCAGAGAGUAGAAAACCAUGUUAUGGGCCUCCAAAUGUCUCUCUAGGCCAUCCAUUUUGUUUGGGAUGUUUUUGAUGCUAGAGUUCUGUUUUGAGGUCAGAAUUCCACUCGGAGGGCAAUAAUCAAAACAUUGCUUUUUACUGAAUUCUCAGCUUCUUUUUUGAGACCAAUUAUUUUUCUGAAUGUAAUGUAAGUGUUGACUGCCAAAAUGUGUUGCCAAAAUCAAAGUGAAGUCUAAAAUAUGCAAAGAAGGAAUUAACGUUGUUAUUUUUUGAUGUUGUACUUUUGUGUAAGGAUGUUUCUUCUUUAUUUCUAGAGCAAUAAUUUAAGAAUAGGCUGCAUGUAAAGCUUAAGCACAAAGUAGUCCAUGUACUUAAAGGCGAAUUCUCUGCAGUACAAAUCCACUGCAGAAUGGCCCUCAUGGUCAAACUGCACCCAGGUCUGUCUGGUAAUAUCUAGACACAGGCCUGUCAUUCACUCACUGUCCUUUGACUGAACCCAGAUCAGCAUAUAAUUUCCCUAGACGAUGUCACCCUCUUGUGUUGAUGAAACCACUAUGCACCAAGAUUGGUGUUUUCAACCAUAGAACUAAAAUGCAUAGUACUAACAUUUUCAUUUAAAACAAUGGUGACAGUUGAUUGAUGCCCAUUAUUUGUAAAUAAACAUAUUAAUCGAUCCGCUUGUUACCAUGGCACAGGUUGGGUAUAAUACCACUAACAUUUCAAAGAGCCAUGUUUGUUCACACAUUGAACACCCCAGGCUGACAGGUCUAUUAAUUGUAUUUACAUGGUUUCAGAUAGACGCCUCUGCCGAGAUUGCCACUGUAAUGUGAUAAUGACUCUGUUGCCAGGAGAGAUGGAGGUAGUGAUGGUCAUACACUGGUUAGGGAUGGAUCAGUGAUGUCAAGGCCAUUCAUUGGAACUGAGUGUGGAAAAGAGCUUUUGACAAACAUUAAAGUCAAUGAAAUAUUUUUACUUGUGUUAUUGCAGGAGUAUGUUUCGUUCUAUGAUUGAUAAAAAUAAAAGUAUUUCACUAA